AUGCGUUCAUUGUUUCAAGACAUUGAGAAAAGUGAGUCGGGGGAGCAGAUAGAAUGGUGUAAAAUGCAUGAUAUAGUACAUGAUUUUGCUCUAUUUCUUAGGAAGAAUGAUGACAAGGAGAGAAGUUGUCAAGUUUGUGAUUCUUCAUUGGUUUCUCAUGUCCAAGAAUAUCGGAGUCUAUCGUUGGACUACAAACCUCCUGUUGAUGAAAGAGACAGAAUUAGUCAAGAUGGCCUUGAAAUCAUAUGUAAGCUUUAUUUCUUGCAAACCCUUCUCUUAUCAUUGUGCGGCCUAACCGAGAUUCCACGAGAAAUUGGGAAUUUGGUUGAGUUAAGACAUCUUGACUUAAGUAGGAAUGAAGAAAUAAAGGAGUUACCAGAGAGCAUUUGUAGUUUGGUUGAACUGCAAAUCUUGAAUAUUGAAGGCACUGGUAUCAACUGUCUGCCUGAAGCAUUAGUGGAGCAAUUGAAGUUUGUUGGAAGGGAGUUUUUAGGAAUAGAAUCUUCAUCUGAUGAUGAUGUUGUUGUUGCAUUUCCUAAACUCAAGAAACUGAAAUUUUAUGGCUGCUCCAAAUGGGAGGAGUGGGAGGACAUAACGGAGGAAGAAGAAGAAUCUGCGGCCAUCUCCAUCAUGCCAUGUCUCACACAGUUGACUAUCACUUGUGUGAGAGUUUGA